GAGCACACCAUGUCUCUGUACCGCAACUCCGCCUGGUUUCUGAAGGGAGUGACCGAAUUCACCAGGAAUGCCUUCCUGUCAGCCUCCAAGCGGUUUGUGGAGAAAGACCUGGAGGUUUCCAUGGCUGGACGCUCCUUCAUGAUAACAGGAGCCAACAGUGGCAUAGGGAAAGCCACCGCCAUGGCUAUCGCAAAGAAAGGAGGAACGAUCCACAUGGUGUGCAGGAACAAGGACAAAGCUGAGGAGGCGAGGGCUGAUAUCAUCAAGGAGACAGGAAACAAAGAGAUCUAUGUGCACAUCCUGGACCUGUCUGAGACCAGGAAGGUCUGGGAGUUUGCUGAGGCCUUCAAGAGGAAGUACAAGGCCCUAAAUGUGCUGAUCAAUAACGCCGGCUGUAUCAUGAGUCAGAGGGACGUGAACGCCGAGGGGCUGGAGAAAAGCUUCGCCACCAACGUUCUUGGGGCUUACAUCCUCACCAAGAGCCUCAUUCCCUUGCUGGAAAAGAGCGCAGAUCCCAGAGUGAUCACGGUGUCAUCAGGGGGAAUGCUGGUGCAGAAGCUCAGGACAGGCAACCUGCAGUCUGAGCGAGGCCGCUAUGACGGCACCAUGGUCUACGCCCAGAACAAGAGGCAGCAGGUGGUGAUGACAGAGCAGUUGGCCAAAGCGCACACUAACAUCCACUUCUCAGUCAUGCAUCCUGGCUGGGUGGACACUCCAGCGGUGGCCAAUGCCAUGCCAGACUUCCAUCGCUCUAUGAAGGAGAGCCUGCGGACUCCAGAGCAGGGCGCUGACACUGUGGUGUGGCUGGCCGUCUCUGAGGCCGCCACCACCAAGCCCAGCGGACGCUUCUUCCAGGACCGGAAGAUGGUGUCCACUCACCUGCCCCUGGCCUGGACCCACAGCUCUGCUCCAGAGGAGCAGAAGUUCAUGUCCGUGCUGGAAGAGUUGGCCAAGAGCUUCCAGCCGCACUGA